AUGGAUCCUGAUACAUUAGUAUCACUUUCCUUCUGCUCCCGAAAAAGUCACUCUGUCAUAAAAACUCAACGAAAGGCGCCAUUCAAUGGACAUCUCUGUGUUUCGGAAUACGACAGCAGCUUAUCAUUCCGUACAUUUCGAAAUCGCGAUUGUGUGUUCAGUGUCCGCGAAUGUUCGUAUUUUUCAACUUCUGAGAGAGUUAAUUAUGUUAAAAUGAACGGGCAGGACGUUCCAGUUCGAGUGCACUGUUUGGAUGGAAAUCUUAUUUCAUACUGGCAUAAUACAACGGACGGAUUGAUAGAGACCACUAAUUAUGUGACCAAUCUAUUCAAUAUUGAUGUAUCAGAAGUCCGUGUAUCUAAAGAUGCAAUUAAUAUGAUUGAAUGGGUGAUCAGAAGACAAAAGAAACCAUUGGAAAGUGUCACUGCAUUGAGGAUUAUAGCAUCGGAAGAAGAACUGAUUUAUAUUUUGAGAGACUGCCGGUGUUCAUCUAAAAUACGAAUCCACUCAUAUGCUCCACCCAAUUUCCGCUUCUCCGAAAAGUUUCGAAUAAUCGAUUUCUUAGAUAUCUGGUAUGGACAAUGGGUGACAAUUGACAACCUAUUGACAAUGGAUGGAGUUGUUAUUAGUCUGGGCAAUGCCAGCCUAUCAAAUAGUGAUUUGAAUGUUUUUCUGAAGCAUUGGCUAGCUGGUGGAUGUCCUCGAUUGAAAUAUUUUUACGCUGCCAUUCAUUCUGUAAAUAUUUUGCAAGUACUCGCUGGUCUCAUGCAUAAUGCCGUUUAUAUGGAAAACAGGCGUAACUACACCAGCCCAUUCGGAUACACAUUGACAUUGUCAUUUGGAUAUGACAUCCAACGUUCAGAUGGUGUGACGGCUACAGUACACUAUCAGCCACUGGGAGCCUUGGUUAUUGCAGUUUGGCCAGAGACCACUUAUAAUUAUAAUUAA